GUUACAUCAAACCCAAUCCCUCCUGCACACAGGACAUGUAAGUUGUUUUGCCAGUUGCCUUGUCAAAUUGACUAUCUCUGUGUGUUUACCAUAUUUUCAGUAACUAUGGGCAGUUUAACAGUUAUGUUCGCGUGUUCUGCUAAGACCCUGAAGAUGAUCAAAAAUAACUCACAUGCAAUUUAUUUCAAGAGGACUCUAUUGCCACGACUGCCUCUCUUCAAACAAUCAGAAGGCAAGUGUAUCAACUUUGGUCGACUGUCAAGCUCCACAGCUGCCAGUGCAGCGAAGGGAGAGGACUCCUUCCUCAAAUGGCUCCUGCUUCUGAUCCCUGUCACCACAUUUGGUCUUGGGACAUGGCAGGUGAAACGUCGGGAAUGGAAAAUUAAGUUGAUUGCAGAACUGAGAAGUCUUACCUCCGUGGAACCCAUUCCUCUUCCUAUUGAUCCUCUGGAGUUGAACAAUCUGGAGUACAGGAGAGUAAAGGUGCGUGGGCACUAUGACCACUCCCAGGAGAUGUACAUCUUACCACGCUCACCUGUCGACCCAGAGAAAGAGGCAAGGGAGGCAGGCCAGCUGUCAUCCAGUGGAGAUACUGGAGCCAAUGUCGUUACCCCGUUCUACUGCAGUGACCUAGGGAUCACGAUCCUUGUAAACAGAGGAUAUGUUCCUAGGAAGAAGAUCAAACCAGAAACCAGGAUGAAGGGACAGGUGGAUGACGAGGUUGACCUGGUAGGUGUGGUGAGGCUGACAGAGAUCCGCAAACCCUUUGUGCCACAAAACGACGUGGACCGCAACCGCUGGCACUACCGCGACCUGGAGACAAUGGCUAGAGUCACAGGGGCCGAGCAGAUCUUCAUCGAUGCUGACCUGGCCAGCACAAUUCCGGGUGGACCAAUAGGAGGACAGACCCGAGUCACCCUAAGAAAUGAACAUAUGCAGUACAUUAUGACGUGGUAUGGCCUCUGUGCAGCAACCUCUUACAUGUGGUAUGCCAAGUUCAUCAAAAGGAUUGUGUAAAACACCCUGCAAUGGCUUGAGUCGUGUAAAUUAAUACAUUUGUCAUGAAUAUACCACAGCCAGAUCAUGGCAGUAUAGAAGCUGCUGUAGGUACUUAAUGUCUAGGUUUUAUUUGACAAAUGUACACUUACAAAUGCAACAUGUAAAGUUGUUGGUUUCAUGAGCUGAAAUAAAAGACCCCAGAAAUUUUCCAAACA